CUCGGCCUCGCGGCAUAUACCAUCGUUACGCGGCUGAGCCCGUAGCGAUCCUCUUGUAUUGUAUUUUAAAAAUUUCGCACGAAGAGUUUCGCUGCUCUUCGGCUCGGCUUGGCUACUCUAGUUUGCAUCCGCGUCUCUUAGUGCAGUGCGCGACGCGACCAUUCGAACGCGAGCAGGCACGGGUGCUCCAAUAGUUCCACAUGCCGAUUUUCAUUCGAAUCAAAGUUUUCCAAUCGAGUGUGUAGCUGUAUUAUGAGACCACCAGAAGUCUGUGCUUUUUUAUAAUCAACUAAUUUGUCGCUGAUACCGCGAAGCGCCGCUGCAGUUUUAGACAAAAAAAAACGUCAAAUUUUUCAUACCCGUUUGCAUAAAGUAAGAAAUGAGCGCCAUGGGGAUCCAGCAGAUUCACGAUUUCUUUGCCCUCCUGUACGAUCUCGCGAUUUUCGCCUUCAUGUCGGUGAUUUACUUCGUCGAGACGAUACUGCUGACCUUCGUUCCACGGCGCUAUCGAAGCAAAAAUCUGCGCGAAGAGAUCGCACUGGUGACCGGAGCCGCUGGUGGCAUAGGUCGUCUGAUCGCCCAGAAGCUCGCCAAUCGCGGCUGCGCCGUCGUCGUCUGGGACAUUAAUAAGGAUGGAGUCGAGGAAACUGCGAGGCUGAUACGCGAGGCCGGUGGAAAAUGUUGGGCGUACCGUUGCGACGUGAGCGAUCGAGAGGACGUUUACACGACCGCCAAAGCCGUCAAACUCGAAGCUGGAAAUGUGACGAUUUUGGUGAACAACGCCGGCUACGUCUACGGUCAGACUCUAUUAGAUAUUCCAGAUGACGAAAUCGAGCGGACGUUCAAAGUAAACAUUAUAUCUCAUUACUGGACGACCAAAGCUUUUCUGAAAGAAAUGAUGAGAGAAAAUCACGGCCACAUUGUGACCAUUGCCAGUGUCGCCGGCUUGCUCGGCACCUACAAUUGCACCGACUAUUCGGCCACCAAGUUCGCGGCCGUGGGAUAUCACGAAAGUCUUUUCACUGAAUUGAAAACUCACGGCUACGAUGGUAUCAAUACAACUUGUGUUUGCCCUUAUUACAUAAAUACGGGCAUGUUCAGUGGAGUCAAGCCUAGAUUGAAGCCGAUGCUUGAGCCAGAAUAUGUUGCCAGUGAGGUCGUGGCAGCAAUAGCGACCAAUGAAGUUUGGGUGAUAUUGCCCAGGAUGAUCCGAUUCGUCUUGCCGCUGAAAUUCUUGCUGCCUUCAAAAGUUUGCUGGGCACUGAUGUAUCAUGUUAUGCAAGGACCCCAAACAAUGAUGAUGCUCAAACGUGGAGAGAAGAAAAUUCAGUAAAAUAAUAAUUUCCGUUGUAAAUUA